AUGAGGGAGCCUGCUGACAUUAAUUGGCUACUGAUUUUGCUGGAAAUUCCCAUUUUACCGGAUUGUUUGAUAAGUGGAAUCGAUUCCUGUACAGAGGGUCUUGCGCCUGACCUGAAGACAUCUUGCUAUGAUAUCCUGAAGCGCGUCAUUGGAUUGCUUUCUUACUCAGAAAAGAAAAUUACGAGCCGCCUUACUUAUUGGUGGUCUAGAUUGCCACACGAUGAGUUCGUGAAAAAGAUUGACUUCAUCAACCUCUACAUUACUUUUCAGCUCACAAGAUGCAUUAAUUAUGAGCUGUAUAACUCGAUUAUACAGCCUGGGUCUUAUUUAAAUGUUUCCAUGAGCGAUGACAUCAACUUCAAAGAAAACCUUAAUGCCCAUUUUAUCCGCCCGACCUCUAAAAGCUCUGAUUUUGGCUUGUUCAUUGGUCUACCUCUUUAUAUCUCCUCGGGAGGACGACGUACAGAUAUUUCUUCAAGUUCAUCGUUCUGGUCGGGGAAGAAAGAGUCAAAAGAACAUGAAGUAAAAAUCAGAUUACAGCAAUACGGUGAUGAUUGGCACUUGCGUACUGCGGGCAGAUUAGCAUCGUUCUUAUUUAUUGCAAACAAAAAGAAUAAGAAAGUCAGUGAUGCGGUCUUCUACAAUAAUCUUGUUGACUAUGUGAAUGUGAAGCAAGAUUUUGAUGCUUGGCAAUUCAACGCUUCGACCAAAAAGCACGAACAAAGCACAGCGAACAAAGACUCUUUGCAGUUAGUGGUUGACUACUUGCAAGCUGAAACAAAGGCAAGCUAUUUAGGACUUUCUAGUGCCAAUGGGACACUGAGGAAGUCUUCGUUUACUUUUUGUCAAUUCCCCUUCCUUUUAUCUUUAGCCGCUAAAAUCUCAAUUCUUGAGCAUGAGGCGAAACGAAUGAUGGAGCGAAAAGCAGAAGAAGCAUUUAUCCAGUCUCUCAACAAAAAAAUGCCUUUUGAUGUUUAUUUCAAGGUUCGCGUGAGGAGAAACUUCAUUACCCCUGAUUCACUACGGUGCAUUAAAUCCCAUCAAACAGAUUUCAAGAAGCUCUUGAGGGUAGAAUUUGUUGAUGAACCUGGAAUUGAUGCAGGCGGGCUAAAAAAGGAGUGGUUUUUGUUGCUCACUAAGGACUUAUUCAAUGCGGACAAGGGAUUAUUCUCUUAUGAUGAAACAUCUGGAUUAUGUUGGUUUGCACUUUCCAAUUUGGAUAAUGACGAGCUCUAUUAUCUAGUUGGUGUUGUGCUUGGGUUGGCAAUAUACAACUCCACGAUCCUUGACCUUCGAUUGCCGAAAGCACUUUACAAAAAGUUGAUGGGACAAAAGGUUACCUUGAACGACUUUAUCCAACUGAAUCCAGACGUCGGGCACAAUUUUAAAAGAUUACUGAAACUGGAGGAUGUUACUGACCUUGAGUUGUUCUUUACAGUUUCCUAUGCAGAUAUAUUUGGCGUGAUGCAUCACGAAGACCUUAUUCGAGAGGGAUCAUCCAUCAGGGUAACGAAUGAAAACAAGUAUGAAUACGUGGAAAGAUAUUGCUCAUUUUUUUUAAAUGACAAGGUGAAAGCACCUUUCAAAUCAUUUUUGAACGGUUUUCAACACGUCAUUGGUGGAAAUGCUUUAUCCUUGUUUACUCCUGAGGAAAUUGAAUUGAUAUUGAUUGGGGAAGACUAUCGAAACCAAAAAAUUGAUAUCGAGAUUUUGAAGUCUGUGACCAAGUAUAAUGGAUUCUCCGAAACUGACACUGUUGUCAACUGGUUCUGGGAUUAUUUUGAGCGCAAAAGUGCUGCUGAUCAGCGCAAAAUACUACUUUUUAUUACAGGAUCGGAUCGGUUGCCGGCGACUGGACUGCCAUCCUUAACAUUUAAAAUUACGAAGCUUGUUGAUACAAACCCAAAUCGCUUACCAAUCGCCCAUACAUGCUUCAACGAGCUUUGUCUUUACGUCUAUCCUUCAAAGGAAAUAUUUGUUUCGAAAUUGGACAAAGCUAUAUGGUAUAGCGAAGGAUUUGGUUUGAGAUGA